AUGGCGGGGAUCAUGGCUUCCCUUGCACUAGACAGUGCGGCAGUGCUAGGGUACGCAUUGGAGUCCUUUGUGGAUGUGUGGAGCAGUUUGCUGGUACUCUGGCGAUUCUGGGAUGAUCGGAGCACAGACGCUUCUGGGACAGCCCUGCAGCGAGAAAAGUGUGCCAGCUUCGGCAUAAGCCUCUCGUUCCUGGGAAUCAGCAUUGUUGUAGGAAAGGAGGCGAUAGGCCACAUUCAGCGCCGACAGGGCCCCGAGGAGGCUGGGCUUUUGUUGGGCAUUGCAUUCUCUUCAGUGGUCGUGCUCAGCGUCCUCUGCGGCCUCAAGCUCGACCUCUCGAGAAAGCUGCGCUCGGAGAGUUUGAGGAAGGAUGCACUGACGUCUGGGGCCGUGGCUGUGCUGUCAGCCGCCAUCUGCAUGUCCACGAUCUUCUACAGCGUUAACAGCGCGCUCUGGUGGUUUGACUCGGUGGUGGCCCUGUGCAUAUCCCUGGCGCUGUUCUGUGGCGGGUUGUGGCCGCUGAUCAGCGUGCAAUGGUGGUCCAAGGCCUUCUGGGCUCCCAUGACAGAUGCCUCUCUACUGCUGGAUCGGGCAGAGUGCGGGGCAAAUUGA